AUGUCAGCUGUUGACAUUCACAAGAAGGAGAUUAUGAGCAUGUUCUCGAGUAUUCUAACAAAACGUGGAACCAUACACGCUUUCGUCGGUGUUGGUGUCGCUGUGGACAGCAAAGCUAUGGGGGGCAUUGAACACCAGACAAUGAUGUAUGGGGAUUUGCCAAGUACGGAAGACAAUAAGUGA